AUGACUCAUCCAGCAACAAACUUGAAAAUAUCAUUUCCACCGAUUGCUGUCAAAUUUAAUAGUGACCAACAAAAUUCGAUCAAGGAUAUAACAGAUGAUCUAAUAUUAAAGUGGAAAAAUCAACAUGGAAUUAAUUUAACAAUAACUGCACGUUUUGUUCAUAUGCAUUCACUUCUUAUAUUUGCCGAUGGCUCAUCCACAUUUGAGUCAUUAUUGGAUCCGAAUCGAUGGCCAAGAACAUUAAAAGAUGUUGAUAUUGAGGUGAAAAUUCCAGGUCAACUUCCACCAGCAUAUUCUCUUAUUAUUCAACAAUUUCAUCGCAAUUGGAAUGAAGAAGAAUGGUUAAUUGAAUUACAACAACGUUAUGCUUCGUUAUAUAAAAUUACUAGAAUGCGGAUAAAGGAGGGAUCUCCAUUGAAUGUUGUUCGUGCUGAUGUUAAAUCUAUUGAAGAAGUUAAAACUCUCAUUAGAUCCGGAAAAAUAAAUGUUGGUAGUAUGAUUCAUCCAGUGAAACCUUAUCAUUUACCAAUACAUAUUAAUAAAUGUUUAAAGUGCCUACGACAUGAUCAUACAACAAAUAGCUAUUCUCGGUCUCGUUUAUGCCCAAGGUGUGCUGAAGAACAUUCACUUGAAAAUGGUUGUUCUAAUCGUGAAAGGUGUAUUAAUUGUGGCGGUGGUGAUCAUAUAUCUGGUCAUUCGGGAUGCCCAAUAGUUCAAGAAAAACGUCGUGCUCUUGUUGAACAAUCAAAGAAAAAAAGAGCUGAACUCUUGGUGCUUGCUGAACGACAACAACAUCAAUUUGUUUAUCAAGAACGUGAUUAUCCAACAUUAAGCAAUGAUAACAUGCCCCAUUCAUCUUCACAUAUACCACGUCAAUCAGUAGAACCUUCUCAAAGAUCAUAUGCUCACGUAGCCCAGAAACAACGCGAACAAGGUCCACAGAUAAAUAUUGAAUAUACUUUAUCAUCUUUCCUAAACAAAAUGGAACGUCGUUUAGACGAAUUUUCUUCUCGUCUGUCAUCACAACUACGUGAUAUCGAAAAGAAAAUAAAUAUCUAUUCUGAUCGUCAAAUUGAAAUGGAAAAUAUUAUCAAUGAAAUAAUUCUUCCAUCUAUUCAAGAGUUAGGCAGUUUAGUAUCACAAUCCUCCAAGCAUCGAAAUGUUCAAGAAGAUUUUAAAAAAUUUGAUAACAAAAUAAAAGAAAUAUUAUUGAACAAUAUGCAUCAAUUGAAAUAUUGCAGCCAUCAAUCAACAUCUGAUCACAUCGAAUAUUCUGUAGCAAAUGUCUCUCACUAA